AUGCCAUCCAAACGGAAGUUAUCGAGUGUCGCUUCCAAUGCACUCCCUGCACAGACCACCCCUCCUGCGCCGCUCAAGCCAGGAAAGCUCAAGAGUAUCUUGAAGCGGCCCUCCCCCUCAUCACGUCUUGUGGCAUCCACUCCCUCAGCUCAGAUCAAGCUCGAAUUUCAAGCGGCUGCACGUACUGCCAACAAUGGCCAAGCUUCGAAUGUCGCGAACGCCAGCCUCUCUACAGUUCCUCCACCAACGGCGGAGAAACUCAAACGCGAGAUCAAGUCCGUUGACGUUCCGCAUCCGAAUGCUCCUCGGCCUUCCCUUUCCACGCAUGUCGAAGUCGAUGCCAUCGAAGAUUCUGCUGCUGAGACAGAGUCGCCCAAGCCACUGCGCAAGAAGAUCAACUCGCCAAGAUACGAAGAUGACGGCGACACCGAAGACUUGAUUACGGACUCGCAGCCGCAGUCUCUACACUCGGACGACACGCUUCUGAUGUCGGGAGGCCUCGGCGAGGGGGAAAGUCCUUACAAAAGGAUCGCCAAUUCCACCAAGGCUAGUCCCUCCAAACGCAAGUCCAAGAAGAAGAGGACAAAAAAGAGCUUGAAAGUCCAGGAGCAAGUUGGGUCUGGGCCGAAGGACGGAGGCACGCUUGUGAAGGAGCAAGUCCAAGUUCCAAUCUUGCCCGCUACCAAACUUGAUACUAUCAAGGAGAACGGAAUCACAGCAGAUGGGACAAUGUGCGGAACUGUCUCGGAUCUUGUCAAGUCAGGGGCAGAGCCAAAGCUGGAGCCCGGUACUACUGCACUUCCUCUCGAUGCGAGGGUGGUCACAGCGACGUCCGCAGUAGACCUGAACAUCGCGACUUCAAGCAUGUCACAAUCGCCAAGACGCACAGUCAAGCAAGGCCAGUCCAUCGAUCUGGCCGAGGUGUUCGAGAAGCUUGGGGAGUAUGAGCGGACUCGUGAGAUGGAGAGGCAGACUCUUCGUGAGGCAUUACGAGUCGCUGAGGCGAWAGCUACACAGCUCAAGACGAAACCGAGUGAAGCAUUACAGCUCGCCGAGGCAAAGAUUGUGCAACUCGCAACUACGUCACAAAAUCUAGAGGUAAAAGCUGCUCAACUCCACACCCAGCUCGAAAUGUUGCGUGGGGAGCUUGAAUCUCAGUCGAAGCGGCGACACCUCCAAUACUCGUGGCACCUCAACAAAUUUGCGAUCUGGUCGCGUCGCACGUACUCGCUCCAAAAGGAGGAGGAGAUGCAAGUGAUUGCCGGAUGUGACGACCUGGAGCACGCGAACGAGUUUGUCAGUAACAUGUUCCAAGGCGAGAUGAGGAAACUUGAGAGUGUGGUCGAGGAUCUGGGCGAGGCGGCUUCGUUUAGCGAUAUCAUGACCCGCAUGCCAAAGGUCCAGAUGCGGCUUACUCCCUGCGGUAUGACAAAGUGUCGUGCGUACUUUACCGACAGUCGGUGGGAUUUGACCGUCGAGCGGGUUGCUGGUCAUUGA